UUACAGGUGAAGUUUACAGCUGAGGAGCUCCGUUCUAUUAUGGACCGGAAACACAACAUCCGUAAUAUGUCUGUUAUUGCCCAUGUCGAUCACGGUAUGCCCUUUGUUCGUGCUUUGUUAUCGAUGAACCAUAAUGUAAAAAAGUAGAUUUUUCGAUAUGCAGGGAAAUCGACUCUUACUGAUUCUCUUGUCGCUGCUGCUGGUAUCAUUGCGCAAGAAGUUGCUGGUGAUGUACGUAUGACAGAUACUCGUGCCGAUGAGGCAGAGCGUGGUAUCACAAUUAAGUCUACCGGUAUCUCCUUGUAUUAUGAAAUGGCUGAUGAAUCUGUGAAGAGUUUCAAAGGAGAUAGGCAAGGGAAUGAAUACCUCAUCAAUCUUAUUGAUUCUCCCGGGCAUGUUGACUUCUCAUCGGAGGUUACAGCUGCUCUUCGUAUUACUGAUGGUGCCCUUGUGGUUGUUGACUGUAUUGAAGGUGUCUGUGUGCAGACCGAGACUGUUCUCCGUCAGGCUCUUGGAGAAAGGAUCAGGCCCGUCUUGACUGUUAACAAGAUGGACCGAUGUUUCCUUGAGCUCCAGGUUGAUGGAGAGGAGGCUUACCAGACAUUCCAGAGAGUGAUCGAAAAUGCUAAUGUCAUCAUGGCCACGUAUGAAGAUCCUCUUCUGGGUGAUGUUCAAGUCUACCCCGAGAAGGGAACAGUUGCGUUCUCUGCUGGUUUGCAUGGUUGGGCAUUUACCCUGACCAACUUUGCUAAAAUGUAUGCCUCGAAGUUCGGAGUUGAUGAGUCAAAAAUGAUGGAAAGACUUUGGGGUGAGAACUACUUUGAUCCAGCUUCCAAGAAGUGGACUACCAAGAGCACCGGCACUGCCAGCUGCAAGCGUGGAUUUGUUCAAUUCUGUUAUGAACCCAUCAAGCAGAUUAUAAACACAUGUAUGAAUGACCAGAAAGAUAAGCUCUGGCCAAUGUUGCAAAAGCUCGGUGUCACCAUGAAGUCUGAUGAGAAGGAUUUGAUGGGAAAGGCCCUAAUGAAGCGUGUAAUGCAGACUUGGCUUCCUGCAAGCAGUGCUCUCCUCGAAAUGAUGAUCUUUCACUUGCCUUCUCCUACUAAGGCUCAGAAGUACCGUGUUGAGAACUUGUAUGAGGGUCCUCUCGAUGAUAUUUAUGCUAACGCCAUCAGGAACUGCGAUCCUGAGGGUCCCCUUAUGCUCUAUGUUUCAAAGAUGAUUCCUGCUUCUGAUAAGGGUAGAUUCUUUGCUUUCGGACGUGUAUUUUCCGGCAAAGUUGCAACUGGUAUGAAGGUCAGAAUCAUGGGCCCAAACUAUGUUCCAGGUGAGAAGAAAGAUUUAUACGUUAAGAGUGUACAGAGAACUGUUAUUUGGAUGGGAAAGAAGCAGGAAACCGUUGAGGAUGUGCCUUGCGGUAACACAGUUGCUAUGGUCGGCUUGGAUCAAUUUAUCACGAAGAACGCAACUUUAACUAAUGAGAAGGAAGUUGAAGCCCACCCAAUUCGUGCUAUGAAGUUCUCUGUCUCACCUGUUGUCCGCGUUGCUGUUCAGUGUAAGGUUGCAUCCGAUCUUCCCAAACUCGUUGAAGGGUUGAAGCGUUUAGCUAAGUCUGAUCCUAUGGUGGUUUGUACUAUUGAAGAGUCGGGAGAGCACAUUGUUGCAGGCGCUGGUGAACUCCAUCUCGAGAUCUGUCUCAAGGAUUUACAAGAAGAUUUUAUGGGUGGCGCUGAGAUUGUUAAAUCGGACCCUGUUGUGUCUUUUCGUGAGACUGUACUUGAGAGAUCUUGUAGGACUGUGAUGAGCAAGUCUCCUAACAAGCACAACCGUCUCUACAUGGAAGCUCGACCCCUGGAGGAAGGUCUUGCUGAGGCCAUAGAUGACGGGCGUAUCGGUCCAAGAGAUGACCCCAAGGUACGUUCCAAGAUCUUGGCUGAGGAGUUUGGUUGGGACAAAGAUCUUGCUAAGAAGAUUUGGUGUUUUGGCCCCGAGACCACUGGUCCUAACAUGGUUGUCGAUAUGUGUAAAGGAGUUCAGUACCUUAAUGAAAUUAAGGAUUCUGUUGUCGCUGGGUUCCAGUGGGCAUCAAAGGAAGGUGCACUCGCCGAAGAGAACAUGAGAGGUAUCUGCUUCGAAGUCUGUGAUGUGGUUCUCCACGCUGAUGCAAUCCACAGAGGUGGUGGUCAGAUCAUUCCAACUGCUCGCCGAGUUUUCUAUGCAUCUCAGCUUACGGCCAAGCCAAGGCUUCUCGAGCCCGUUUACUUAGUCGAGAUCCAAGCUCCUGAGCAAGCACUUGGUGGUAUUUACAGUGUUCUUAACCAGAAACGUGGACACGUCUUCGAGGAAAUGCAGAGGCCUGGAACACCACUCUACAACAUAAAAGCUUACCUUCCAGUCAUCGAGUCAUUCGGAUUCUCCAGCACACUAAGGGCCGCAACAUCAGGACAGGCUUUCCCACAAUGUGUGUUCGAUCACUGGGAUAUGAUGCCAUCGGAUCCAUUAGAACCCAAUUCUCAGGCAGCAAACCAUGUUGCGGAGAUCCGCAGGAGGAAGGGAUUGAAGGAGCAAAUGACCCCGCUUUCCGAGUACGAAGACAAGCUGUAAGCUAAAGAAAAAAAUGAAGGGUAUGGGGGUGCUUUCUCUCCCAUUUGUCAAUUUAGUUUUUCCUUAGAUUAUGUUUUUCUUUUUUUCAAUUUUCUUACAAUGAAUCGGAUAAUUGU